AUGAAUGUGGGGGAGAAAGGAAGGGGUGACGGCGUGAAGAGGAGGUCCAGAGGGGUGAAAGGAGGACAAAGGACCGGACGGAGAGGAGGAAGAGCUGGAGAGAGAGACGGGAUAAGAAAAGAGGGAAGGAUGUCGGAGAGGAUAGCUUCGUGUGGGAGCCUGUAUGACAGCACCAACCUGCUGCUACAGUACUGCAACAACGAUGACACGGUGUCGGCCAGCAGUAACAUGGACAUGGAGGACCGGGUUUCCCACCUGGAGCAGAGGCUACAGCUGCAGGAAGACGAGAUCCAGCUGCUGAAGGCCGCUCUGGCCGACGCCCUACGGCGACUGGGCUUCUGUGAGGAGCAGAGCCUGGUGAUGCAGCCAGGAGGCGUCCAUGCUGCUGGGAGGAGACCUCUGGCCACCACAGCUUCAGCACCGCCUACCAAGGUGCGUCAGCUCCUGCAGGCUCUUCCCUCCAGACCUCUCAGUAAUGGCUACGUGCAACAGAAACGCCUCCUAUCCUCCCCUUCAUCUCCUAAGAAAGAAGUGCUGCAGUCCAUUAAGAGGAAGAGUAUGUCCACAGAGCGUCUCACCCUGGUGAGGAGAGAGAUGGGAGCAGAGAGUCGGAGUCGAACCACCUCCUCCAGCAGCUCCUCCGGUGGCAAAAGCAAAUCCAAAGAAUGCACCUUCAAUGCAGAGGACGGCUACGUGAGGAUGUUCCUCCGAGGUCGUCCUGUCACCAUGCACAUCCCCGACCAGCAGAGGGAGAGCUACAGCAUCGACCACAAGGCGGCGCUCCCUGACCGCAAGCUCAAGCUGCAGUGGGUGUACGGCUACCGCGGUCGUGACUGCCGCUCCAACCUCUACCUGCUGCCCACAGGAGAGAUCGUCUACUUCAACGCCUCCGUGGUGGUGCUGUACAACACGGAGGAGCAGCAGCAGAGACACUACCUGGGCCACAACGAUGAUGUCAAAUGCCUGAGUGUGCACCCGGACAUGGUUACCAUAGCAACGGGGCAAGUGGCUGGAAACUCUAAAGAUGGAAAGCUGCUGGCUCCCCAUGUUCGUGUUUGGGAUUCUGUGAGUCUCAACACGCUGCAUGUGCUCGGGAUGGGAGUGUGUGACAGAGCAGUCACAUGCGUAGCUUUCUCCAAGUCGAACGGCGGCACCUACCUCUGCGCCGUGGACGAUGCCAACGAUCACAUCCUGUCGGUCUGGAACUGGCAGAAGGAGAAGCAACUGGCUGAAGUCAAGUGCUCCAAUGACUCUGUACUGGCUGCUGUGUUUCAUCCCAUGGACGCCAACGUGAUCGUCACCUGUGGAAAAUCUCACAUCAACUUCUGGACCAUGGAGGGCAACACUCUGACCAAGAGACAGGGCCUGUUCGAGAAACACGAGAAACCAAAGUAUGUGUUGUGUGUGGCGUUUGCUGAGAAUGGAGAUGCCAUUACAGGAGACUCCAGUGGAAACAUCUACGUCUGGGCCAAAGGUGGUAACCGCAUCAGCCAGGUGGUGUCCGGGGCCCACGAGGGCGGGAUUUUCUCAAUAUGUGUCCUGAAGGACGGCACCAUGGUGUCUGGAGGAGGGAAGGACCGCAAGGUGGUGCUGUGGGACCACGACUACAGGAAACAGGCUGAGAUGGAGGUGGGUGAGUCGUUCGGUCCAGUUCGGGCUCUGGCUGAAGGAAAACCAGGAGAGCUGUUUGUUGGAACCACCAAGAAUGCCAUCAUCAGAGCUGCCUUCCCUGAUACAUUAACUCCUGUUGUACAGGGUCACACAGAUGAGCUUUGGGGGCUGGAUGUUCAUCCCUCCAUGGAGCAGUUCGUCACCUGCUCCCAGGACAAACAGGUUCACCUCUGGGACACCAACUCCCAUCAGCCCCUCUGGAGCAAGACUAUUGAUGAUCCAGGGAGGUCUGCAGGUUUCCAUCCCAGCGGGGCUGUUCUGGCAGUGGGGACCAUGACUGGAAGGUGGUUGGUGCUGGACACUGACACCCGGGAUCUUGUUUCUAUGCACACAGAUGGCAAUGAAAUCAUCUCCAACGUCAAGUACUCUCCAGAUGGUAACUUCCUGGCUGUCGCUUCCCAUGACAAUUUUGUUUACAUCUAUGCUGUGACGGAGAAUGGCCGAAAGUACAGCCGUGUGGGGAAAUGCACUGGUCACUCCAGCUUCGUCACCCACCUGGACUGGUCGACAGACAGCCAGUACCUCGUCACCAACUCAGGAGACUACGAGAUCCUCUUCUGGGAGGCAUCCAGUGGUAAACAUGUGACCAACAUGGACACGGUGCGCAACCUGGAGUGGGCCACUUACACCUGCACUCUGGCCUUCAGUACCUUCGGAAUUUGGCCAGAUGGAGCAGACGGCACAGACAUCAACGCCGUGUGCAGGUCACAUGACGGAUCCCUGCUGGCCUCUGCUGAUGACUUUGGCAAAGUGCACUUGUUCUCCUUUCCCUGUUCUCAGCCAAGGGCUCCGAGCCACGAGUGCAGUGGCCACAGCAGUCACGUGACCAACGUUGCCUUCCUGCACGACGACAGCCACCUGAUCUCCACCGGCGGGAAAGAUACCAGCGUCCUGCAGUGGGUGGUCGCCUAGGCAACACUAUCAGCCCACAUCUCUAAUCCCCCACAGGCGGGGACCAGCAUCCUCCCUGACCCCUGUCACCUCUUCACUGUUUAAUCAUCCUGCCAGCAGGGGGCAGCACCUCCUCCGUGCCCCCUGGAAAUUACAAAACCACACUCACAACUUGACCGGGCCACACACCACACAAGAUGAGAUAAUGAGUAUCACUGUAAUAAAUGGAAUAUUAUUUAGUGUCCAGCUGUUUGUAAUAGAAUGUAGAGAAAAUGACUUGUUGCCAUGCAGGAAGUGAAUCCUAAUUGUUCCCCCAAAAAAAAUCAACUACUGUAACACCAACUGAGCUGGAAGCUGCUGCUGGUGACACACAGUAAACCUAUGAUUUUAGCAUUACUACUAACUGUGCCUAAACUGUAUUUAUCUUAACCCCUUUUAACUGGAAUUCCACCUAUUUUAUAGGACUGAUGUGUUUGCAGGCUUGAGCUCCUUAAUUGCAAAUCAUGUGCACUUUACAGUUUUGUUGACCUUUUUUGAAUGCAUGCUACAUUGUUAGGGUUUACAUUUAUACUUUUGGGUUUAAUAGGGUAUUUUUCCUUCAGCUAUUGGUUUCCAUUCAUUUUCAUGAAGUAUGAAAAUCAAUCUGCAAACUCUUGAAAUGAGUCUGACUAGGAAAUACAGUAUUGAUUCUCUGUGAUUCAUUACACAACUAAAAUAUUUUAAAAUAUAUUUUCAUAUCACUGAAUCCAUGGAACCAAUGGAUUAUUGCAAUAAAAAAUACACCUACAUAUAUAUAAGACAACAGCUUGGUGUGCAGAAUAGUGAGCUGUAGUGUAAAGUAUACUUGAUUUGAAAUAACCAGGUGAAAACAUGGGCCCUUUAAUGGCUGCGCUCCAGGAGAAUGUAGUAGAUAGUUGUCAACAAGCACUGCUCUUUCCAGAAGCAAACAGUGACUUCAAGUAAACCCUCAAAACCAUGUGCAGACAUGUUGUGAAACAGAAUGUAGCCUUGUCAAGGUGUGAUAUUCCUGUGCAUGAGCUUUAAGAAAGAGUGAUGUCUGUUUGGAGGAAGUAACUGACCUGUCGUGGGGCAAAGGAAGAUUGUAUUAGAAUUCCUAAAAUAGGUGGUGUUCCCCUUUUAAAAUACUUACUAUUACCCCAUUGCCUUCUUAUACUACACUUUUCCAUCCCUCAGCCUCAUUUCCAAACUCUUAAGGUGCAGAUUGUUAUUAUCACAGACUGUAAAAUGGUACGAAGUGGCUGUUUUGUCUCCCCCCGACCCCCACCCGGGCUGCUGCGUUUCCCCCCAUCCCCCACCCGGGCUGCCGUGUUUCUGAUUGUACUACUACUGUAACUGUGCUGAGAAGGCACUAGAUGGCGCUACAAUACAAGAGAAUGAGCAUGACUGAGGCUGUCCUCCUGUAGAUGCUGUUAAUGUUGCAAAGGUCUCUAGAGUAAAAAUAUAUAUUAUGCAGUAUAUCCGAGUGGCUGUGUUAUUUUAAUAUUUAACUGUAACAAUGAUGGAUGUUAUUACUGUUCUUGUGGCACUUUUAGCGAUUGACAGAAGGGUAAUGUUGGCUACUGUGCUGUAGAAGUGAGCUUGAGCUGUGCUUUGCCUUCUGUUUUGUUAAUAAAGUUUUUACCCAAGUA